CUUCACAAUCACACAGUAAAAAAACAGACAAGAGAGUGAGAAAGAAACUGAAGAGAAAGAAAGAGAGGAGAAUGGAGAGAAGCGCCGUCUUUGGUGGUCUGCAACCAAAUUACCUUCUUUACCCCUCACCCAACUCUUCAUCCCUUCCUUUCUCAGACCACCGCGCUAGACUUCCAAAUUUCUCUCCUCCUCCCUCUCUGUCUCUCAAGAUACAUAAGCAGGUUUCUUCUUGUUUUAAAGCUGUGUCUCCUUUUAAGCGUGGAGCUGCGUUUUCUGAUACACACAGUGACACAUUUGAAUUAGCUGACAUAGACUGGGAUGACCUUGGAUUUGCAUACGUUCCCACUGAUUAUAUGUAUUCAAUGAAAUGCACUAAAGGUGGAAACUUUUCCAAAGGUGAAUUACAGAGAUAUGGAAACAUUGAACUGAACCCUUCUGCUGGCGUCUUAAAUUAUGGCCAGGGAUUGUUUGAAGGUCUGAAAGCCUACAGGAAAGAAGAUGGUAACCUUCUUCUAUUUCGUCCUGAGGAAAAUGCUAUGCGGAUGAUAAUGGGUGCAGAGAGGAUGUGCAUGCCAUCACCGACAAUUGAUCAGUUUGUGGAUGCAGUAAAAGCAACUGUUUUAGCAAACAAACGUUGGGUUCCUCCUCCAGGUAAAGGUUCCUUAUAUAUCAGACCAUUGCUAAUGGGGAGUGGAGCUGUUCUUGGUCUUGCACCUGCUCCUGAGUAUACCUUUCUCAUUUAUGUUUCACCGGUGGGGAACUAUUUUAAGGAAGGUGUGGCACCAAUUCAUUUAAUUGUGGAGCAUGAACUUCAUCGAGCAACUCCUGGUGGCACUGGAGGUGUGAAGACUAUAGGGAAUUAUGCUGCGGUUCUCAAGGCACAAUCUGCUGCAAAAGCCAGAGGUUUUUCUGACGUUUUAUAUCUUGAUUGUGUACAUAAAAAGUAUCUAGAAGAGGUUUCCUCUUGCAACAUUUUUGUUGUGAAGGGUAACAGCAUCUCCACUCCUGCAAUAAAAGGGACAAUCCUACCAGGAAUUACAAGGAAGAGCAUAAUUGAUGUUGCUCGAAGCCAAGGAUUUCAGGUUGAGGAACGGCUUGUGACAGUAGAUGAAUUGCUUGAUGCUGAUGAGGUUUUUUGUACCGGAACAGCUGUUGUUGUGUCACCUGUGGGAAGCAUCACCUACAAGGGUAAAAGGGUGUCUUAUGGCGUAGAAGGUUUUGGUGCUGUCUCGCAACAACUCUAUAGUGUGCUAACCAAGCUACAGAUGGGCCUUAUAGAGGACAAGAUGAAUUGGACUGUGGAGCUGAGUUAGGCGUACUGCAGUGAUCGAAUUGGUAGAGGUAGCACAAACCGUAUCCAUUUUCUGGCAGUUCAAGAGGUGUCAACUUAGUCUGCUUUUUUCUUGGUUACAUGUAGAUAGGUUUUCCAGAUUGUUGUUUAGUACUUUUUUCCAUCACAACGUGUGACAGGAUAGUUGUGUCUUCAAACGUCUGGAGUUAUAUUCGAUUGAUAACUGUAUUCAGGGUAAUAAUGAAGGUGUUCCUGGAUAGUAUUGUCAGCCUGAGCUAAUUUCCACCAUGUUGCAUGGUUAGCUCAUUUCUUUAAAGAAUUUUCAUGCUUCUGCUGUCAAUUCAUGAUAUAGAAAUCUGACUGUUUACCAAA